AUGCACGACAUGAAAGACUUUUGGUCGGUGAAGAAGGUUAUGCCAGACCUUGAGGCGGUUGUUACCACCUCGGUGGGAGAGGUUGUGGGUUCACCGCCGAGGUUGUAUAAGCGUCGUUUCUAUGGGCUGGCGUCUAUAUUCCUCAGCAACGCGGUGCUCACAUGGGCCUGGUUGUCCUUUGCUAUGGUCAACGAUCUGGCCCAGGAACGCUUCGGUGUCGACACCACGGCAAUCAAUUGGUUCUCAAAUGUCUAUUCAUUGGCCUUUGCACCGUUUUUAGUUUCCGGCUGGUUCAUCAAUCGAUAUGGGAUCAAGAAAAGUCUGCUCGUGGCUAUCAGCGGUACCGUUGUUGGGAGCUGGUUGCGCUACGGAGGAGUUGUCAUCUCCUCAUAUCCCAUUACCAUGGCAGGACAGGCGUUGCUGGGAGUAUCUCAAAUAUUCAUUGUCCCUCUGCCUAUGUCCUAUUCAAAAAUGUGGUUCAAUCCUGAUCAGAGGGUUCUGCCUACAACGAUCGGUUCCCUCGCAACUACGAUUGGAUCCAUGCUAGGAUCAAUCACAACACCCUACAUGACGCCAACGGUAGAUUCUCUCCCUCGAGCCGUCCUCAUCGUAAGCAUUAUCAGCACAGCGACUUCUGCUCUUGCCAUCUUUGUGCCAGCAGAUCCGCCCACGCCUGCCUCAUAUAACGUUGAACCACCAUCGAACUCUCAGCGGCUCUCUCGAAGCGAAUCUAUUAGAUUUCUUGCAAAAUCACUCGAAUUCUGGCUCCUGGCGAUCACUUUUAUCAUUUCCCUGGGACUCUUCAACACAUGGUCAACUUUGCUCUUUCUGUAUCUGACACCCUAUGGGUUCCCGGCCACCGAUGUUGGACUUACCGCUGGGCUGUUCUCAGGGGUUGGCGUUAGUAUCGCUCUCCUGGUAGCACCCUUCAUCGACAAGUGGAAAUUGCACGUCCCCACCGCAAAAAUCACCGCGACCGGAUCGACAAUCGGCUACGUUAUCUUCAUAUGGAUCCCUCAAGUGCAGAGCCGGGUAUUCGCAUUCACUGUCGGCACGGUGAUGGGCGUUUGUGGAUCGAUUUUUGUUUCAGUCGCCCUAGAACUCAUGGCUGAGAUGCUUUACCCUGUCCCAGAAGAAUUUUGUGCGACGUUUGUCUGGUGUGUGGGCAAUCUCAUUGCGGUCCCUAUCACUUAUGGCCUUAAUGCCGGUGCCAAUCCCAAUGGUAAUCCACCUGGGGAGAUGAAGGCAUCGCUUAUUGCCCAAGCGGUGUUGGCUGUUGUUUUAGUAGCGAUUCCCAUCAACCUCCUGGGUCUGUUCGGUAGGGAAAAAAAUACUCGUUUCUUCCGUCGUGAAAAUCAGAUGUCGGCGGCAGCCGGUUUAGGGAAGAGAUGA